AUGACCACCCCCCUCCCAAUAACCCGCAUCCACACCCUCCCAACCUCCCCCUCCGACCCCCUAACCCCCUUCCUGCUCGGGAAAUAUGUCUCCCUCCGUCUCAACGCCCUCCUCACCUCUCCGAGCUCCUUCGCCUCAACCCACGCCCUCGAAUCGAUGCACCCAUACAGCUACUGGUCGACGCGACUCUCCUCCCCCACAACCACAAUCCUAGUCGCCGUAUCCUACCCCCCCUACACCCCACCAUACCUCCAAACUCUCGACAGAGGGGACUUCAUAGGCAUGACCACGCUCCUCGGUCCCACCCCCUCAUCCACCUACUCAAUCCCCCUUUCCGGUUUCCUCCCUCUCCCCGACUCUCAAGAAACGAAAUGGCACAUGUGCGCCGUCUAUCUCGACCCUUUGUACCGAGGGCAGGGGAUUGGGAAGUUGCUCGUUAACUUUGCGGUGCAGUUUGCGGUCGCGAGAUCGCAAGGGGAAGGGAGGGGGUGA